AUGUCGCAAACAGUCACAAUCACACAAGCCCAACAAACACAAACUAUCAAGGCAACUGGCUCAAAGCUUGAGCAGCAACAGCCUGAACUCAAAGGGUUCUCACUGGGUCCUGACCCUUAUCCACGACCAACCUUUACUGAUAAGCAUGAGCAGCGACGCUGGAUGCUGCAACAUCUUGCAGGAGCAUAUCGUGUGUUUGCACGUAACGGUUACCUCGAAGGCUCAGCUGGUCACCUUUCGAUCCGAGACCCUGUGGACCCGACCACAUUCUGGAUUAAUCCCCUGGGCAAACACUUUGCGCUUAUCAAGGCUUCUGAUAUGGUUCAAGUGGACGAGGACUCGAAUGUAAUUAACGUUGCAGCAAAUAUUCUUGGUAAAAAUGAGUCCACUGUUACAAACAAAGCUCCUAGAAAUAUUGCCAUCAACCUAGCUGGCUUCAAAAUUCACUCAGAGCUACAUAAGGCUCGUCCAGAUGUGUGGGCUGCCUGUCACGCUCAUUCGAUUCAUGGCAAGGCCUACAGUGCAUUCGGUAAGCCUUUGGAAAUGAUCAACCAAGACGCUUGCAUUUUCUACAAGACCCACGCAGUAUACGACAAUUUUGGCGGUAUUGUUCUGGAUGCCAAUGAGGGUAAGCACAUUGCAGAGGCGCUGGGAGCCCGCAACAAGGCCUUGAUUUUGAAGAACCAUGGCCUGCUGACUGUUGGCGAGACCAUCGACGAGGCUGCGUACCUGUUUGGACUUAUGGAACGCUCGUGCAAGAUUCAGUUGCUUGCUGAUGCAGCCGAGGGUAACCGUGGUCUGAAGAAGGAAGAGAUUCCCGACCAGAUUGCACAGUUUACUUGGGAAAACACAGCCUCUGCUGAUAUUUUGUAUCAGGAGUUCCAGCCGGAACUUGAAUACGAAACGCACUUGGAUGAUAGCUAUUUGAAGUAA